UUUCCGUUUUUUGACAACUUCUUCUGCAAGUAUUCAUACGUUUAUGGUGUUGACUGGAAACAAGUUGGUGGGAUUCACGAGGGAUUAAGUCCGCAUUGUGAGCGUAGACUUUACGGAAGUUCAUGUACUACAAUUGGUAUGCCUAUUGAAGCCACCUUCACUUCAACUAAUCCAUCUGGUUGGCCACAAAUCGUACUUACUUGUUACGGAUUCGAUUUCUUUGGCAACAACGUCAUCCGUGGUUAUGGAGCUGUGCACAUUCCAACUAUUCCAGGAAGGACAGUACGAAGGGUACCAAUGUUUGUGCCAGAAGCAUCUACAUUACUACAACGCUUCAUGGGAUGGUUAACUGGUAAACGAGCAGAAUUUGUUGAUCCAAAAUUUGUUGCCACUGCUGAUGGUCGACACGUGACAAAAGUAAGAACUCAAGGAAUCAUUACAAUAACCAUGGAUAUUAUGCUCAAAGACAUGAAAAAAUAUGGGUAUGAUGUUGUUUCAACGUCAUUGCAACGUAUCUCAGAAUGUGCUUUGCCUGACUUUACGGAAUCAGAUGUACAGACUCAAGUUCAACGAAAAGAUCCAUCUCCAAAGCACUCUACGCCAACUCCAAACACAGUAUCGGAAACGCAGCCCGGAACACCAGACACAACCCAGGGACCAACGUAUAACGAUACUUCACUAACUCGACCACUACCCAUGCCUAGACUGAUGACCCAAACUGAGUCUGUCGGAGAAAUCAAAGAGGAAACCUCCCACUCAUCUUCAAAUUGA